GGUAAAGGAGACCUGCCGAGCCGCGGCCAUGGAGGCCAUCUGGCUUUACCAGUUCCGGCUCAUUGUCAUCGGGGACUCCACAGUGGGCAAGUCCUGCCUUAUCCGCCGCUUCACGGAAGGCCGCUUCGCCCAGGUUUCGGACCCCACUGUGGGGGUGGAUUUCUUCUCCCGCCUGGUGGAGAUCGAGCCGGGGAAACGCAUCAAGCUCCAGAUCUGGGAUACCGCGGGUCAAGAGAGGUUCAGAUCCAUCACUCGAGCCUACUACAGGAACUCAGUAGGUGGUCUUCUUUUAUUUGACAUUACCAACCGCAGGUCCUUCCAGAAUGUCCAUGAAUGGUUAGAAGAGACCAAAGUACAUGUUCAGCCCUACCAAAUUGUAUUUGUUCUGGUGGGUCACAAGUGUGACCUGGAUACACAGAGGCAAGUGACUCGACACGAGGCAGAGAAACUGGCUGCUGCAUACGGUAUGAAGUACAUUGAAACGUCAGCCCGAGACGCCAUUAAUGUGGAGAAAGCCUUCACAGACCUGACAAGAGACAUAUAUGAGCUGGUGAAAAGGGGGGAGAUUACAAUCCAGGAGGGCUGGGAAGGGGUGAAGAGUGGAUUUGUACCAAAUGUAGUUCACUCUUCAGAAGAGGUUGUCAAAUCAGAGAGAAGAUGUUUGUGCUAGUCAGGCCUCUUAGUUCCAAAACAUGCUCUCCCGCCUGAACUUCAAAGUAAUUGAAGCCAAUAGAAUCCUUGUGUGACUGAGAGAACUCAAACUCCAUUUUGGAUACCAAGAGAAUGCCAAGUGAGCCUCCUUUCCAGGGGAGACUCUGACAGGCCCACAUGUGGAUAGAUGGUGGGGCCUGAGCGCUAUGACUGAGGGACUGUUUUUUGGCCCUUGUUGAGCAGUGCUCUGGGUGCCCUUUGUGGACCACAUAUUAAUGGGCUAGGGUUUGGGGAGCUAGGCCCCAGAAAAAUAUACCUACAGGCAGGACAACUGUUUGUUGGCAUUUCAGCUCAUUCAUAGGUCACGAACGUAAAGAACUAUAUGAGGCGGGGGGUGGGGGGGAAGUAUCACGUUGGGAGCAAUUACUGUAACUAAAAACGACUGUAAGCUCAACUUAUUCGGUGAGAAUAUCCUACACAAAAUGCGUGUGCUGGGUUUGGCUUCAAGGUACCAAUGAGCUUCUGAACAGUCACCUAGAAAACGAGGGGUGCGGAUUGCCUGUUUGCUAAGGCCCUUUCAAGUUAUGCUGUUUUAAUAAAAUUGAUGUCCACAUGAAAAGGGAGGCCAUUUACACACUGUUAUAUAUACUUCAAGAAAACGUUCACCCUUGUCAUAGAAUAACCAGCUGGAAGAGGAAACAAAUUGUCCCGUGCAAAUUACUAUCUGAGUAGAAGGGAGAAACAACGGUAACGUAAAUGCCGUGCGUUCUUUCCCCUCUGUUCGUGCCUGCGGUUUCGCUGCAUUGGAGACUGCAGUCUGGAAGUAAGCAGCCUGCCUGCUUCUUCAGGCACCUGGCAGCAACAACACAGGGAUUGCCUCUGAAUGUAGCCCUGAGACAAACCCUCACGCGUCAACCGUGUGCAGUUUACCUCGCAGGGUCGCUUGCGUUCCCUCAGUUCAUCAUCACAGCAGGCCUCUGAGGUUACUGGCCCCAUUUUGCAGGUGGGUCAUCGAAGAGCCAGGACACUGCUUGGCCAAGGUCAAGAUCCUGACUCCUAGUUUCUCUUCUUUUCACUGCAUCAUCCUGCCGUCAGAUGAACAAACUAUUUUUAAAUUAUUUGCUUUGGAAGAGAUAUGACUAUAAAUAAAUGUUCUCUACAUGUUAGGAUAUGUUUUCCUUAUUGGGUUACAACUCAGCUAUCAUCCUGAGAGAACCUGGGGAUGAGUCAAAGGUAAGGCCCCUUCAGGUAUUAUUGACAAGAGAGCUUUGAACAAGUGAAUAAUUGCACAACUGAAAACACAGUGGAACUGUGUGGGCACUUUCAUGAGUGUUCUUAUCACUGAAACACAACGGACAUGUUAUUGAAAGGAACCAAAUACAGCAAUGAGGAGUGGGGUGGGGAUAGAAUACUCACCUUACAACGACCUUGGCCACCUGUUUGCCAUAUACGUACACUGGGUUCCUGUCUGCCCUAGAGAGUCAGCUCUUAAUUCUCAGGUGAACAGAUAACUGCAUCAGAAAAUUGGAACGGCUGGCUUGAAACAUUCCAUUAUCUUCUUGAAGAGAGGUGAUGCUUUACACUAUUUUUUGGAUUGUAGCCAGUUCAGCAAGGCAAAAGCCAUACUUUUCACAGUAAGAAAACUAUCCUGAUUAGAGUCAGGUUUCUCAUAUCCAUUGUGAUAGGAAAGCCUGAGAAUGGCAAGUUGCUUUGAGAGAUAGUAUUGAACUUCAGUUAUGAAUGUGACUGGAUCUGAAAGUUGAGGAAUUUGCUUCAGUCAGAAUAAAGAAGCCAAAUAAUGAAAAUGAUGGAAAACUAUCCUGCCGCCCGUGCCCCAAAUUGGAUGAGCAAACCAUCUUGGACCGAUUCACAAUUAUCAACUGCAAGUGAACUAAUCAUCACCUUCACAAUCAUUUCACAUCAUUUGGCUUGGAUAGGGUAAUUAAGUUGCCAGCUUCACGGUUGUAGAAGACAAAUAAAAGAUGGUGAAUUGGGUUAACAGAAAACGUCAUCAACUACUAUACUUCUCUAUGGUUUUCUUGACUAAAAUACAUUAUAUGUAUACUUUUCCCAUUCCUUGCAUUUUUUAGGCAGGUUUAAAAAUACUCAGCAUAGAUCCAGCAGAGGUGGCUGAGCUUAAUUGCUUAAACAAGUUCUAGAAACUUUAAAAAUCAUUUUAGUAGAAUUCAGUGCUGUUGUCACUGCGAUAAGUGGGUUUUAGAAAAUAAGUGUGAAAAAAUCAGGUGUUAAUAUAAUACUAAGGAUGAAGCUUUAGAAGCUAUUUUACUACUUAGGUAAAGAAGAGAUUAACUUGUAACAAAGACCACAACUGCAUGUCGGAUUAGAUUGUCUCAUAUCCCAGAAUAAAAUGUACCGUAUACUUUUCCUCACUUCGUCGUGCACUAUAACAAAAUGUGAAAAAAAACCUGCUUUAUUUAGCUGUAUGUGAAUGAAAACAUGCUUGUAUUUAGUAAAAUGGUUGAUUAUGUGACUGUGAGAUUCCAAGUGUGUGUUGUAGCUAUUUCCAAAGUCUGGCACUACAGCAUAUCAGCCGCUACUAAGGAGAUCACUAAUAUAUAACACGUACUACGCACAACAGUAUUCAAAACCGGAAAGAGAAUAUGAUUUUUUUAAACUUAGAUGACGAUCAUGUUGAAAGUCACAGAGGCCUCACUAUUUCCUGGGUAGCCCAAUUCACUGUUGGGAAAAGAAGUCAGUUCAAUCAAGACUAAAUCUGCAUCACUGCAACUUUUACUGAAGGAUCUUAAUUCUGUCACCAGGUAGUUGAUUACAUCUGUUGUCUUCCCGGGAAAGUCUUCUUUUCUCCAGGCUAAAUUACCUCAGCUUUUUCCAAUUCUACUAUGGUGUACUUUUUAUGUCAGGAUUACUUGGAGUGUGGGGCUCAGAUUGGAGCACAUUGGUGCAUCCCGUUGUCCAGUGUUCAUAGUCCAUAUUUGGGGGAUGAAAAAGAAAGGGAAGAUGUUUGAGUCUGGGUCUGGGC